AUGAACAACGAACGCUUUCACCGUCCUAAACGUAAGAAGGGAAACAAACUCGCGACGAAGGAAACCAACCUCGAAGCGUUUCUCGAAAAGCGCACGACUGAACGAAACGAUUUUGGUGAAACGAUGGUGAACUUGAAAGAUUGCGAAUUUGAUUCUUGGAAAACGUUUAAGAGUUGCAUUCGGUUGAUAUUUCAAUCGUCGUCGAUUGAUAAUAAUAAUAACACGCGCUGUUGUCGCGCGUUGAACGUCUCGAGCGUGAGAGUGUUGUCGUCGUCGUGCGAGGAAGAAGAAGAGGAGAACAACAACAACAACAGUUCGUUAUUUUUGGAAAGUCUGUUCGAGGACGAAAAGGAGGAGAAGAAAAACACAAUUCUAGAGCGCUUGCGAGAGAUGAACGUGAGUGGAAACGAGAAGGCGUUCAGGAAUCAGAAAGGAUGCGACAAGUUCGUGGAGUGUUUGAGGAGGACGAGAAAUGUUCGCGUGGAGAGAUUGAACGCGUCCAGCUGCGACGUGGACGACGCGUUCGUGGAAAGUCUUUUGGCGUCGCCUUCAUCGUUGAAGCGUUUGAGAGCGUUGAACUUAAGAAACAAUAAACGGUUGACAGAUAGGACCAUAGAUGCGGUUCUGAGGUUUUGCGAGGAUACGGGCAGUUCGUGCGUGUUGACGGACGUAAAUUGUUCAGGAGGGACGUUCUCGGCGGCGGCGAUUGGAAGGCUGGGAGAGGCGUUGGAAAGAAACGCGGUUGGAUAUUUGAGAAGGAGACUGAAGAAGGAAGGAGUUUCGAAUUGCAACGUGACCGACGGCAUAUUUAUGCGUCUGUUCGAGGAUAUCGUGAUAUUAAAAAACGCUGUGGAUGUGCGGAACAACAACAUAACCGAGAAUGGAUUCAAACAGUUUUUUGAGAAGUUUUCCGUGCAUUGUUGUGAAAAGGAAAAUAACGACGCGUCGUUUUCAUCUCCCUUACAAUUGAUGUGCGAUGGAAAUCCGGGGUUCUCAUCGUCUUGGUGUAAGCGACUACUCGCACUGUGCGCGUUCAACGGUUUAUACGAAAAGUGUCGACAAAAUCGAAAAGGUGAAGCCAUGCGAAGUUUAGGUGAAGUUGGUUUCGGGUGCGUCGGGUGCGAGGUGAUCGCGCCGAGAAUUCUAAGGCGAAUGCCCUUUUUAGAGUCCAUCGGUUUACACCACAAUGAUAUUAAUGACGAGGGAUGCGCGCACUUAUCCGAACUAUUUGCAAAGCAUACCUGUGUGUUAGAAGUUGCUCUCUAUGGGAAUAAAAUAGGUCCAAUUGGUGCUCAAUCUAUCGUUGACGCGUUUACUGCGCGAACGAAGGAGCGUUUAAGCGGUAAUAGUAGUAUUAGGGGAUUAGAAAUUUUAGACAUAGGAGGGAAUCCAAUAGGGAACGCUGGUGUGCGUCUCAUCGCUAAGCUCAUUACACUCGAAGAAACGCUCGUCGAGGUACACGUUGAUCAUGUCGGUUUCAACGAGGAAGGUGCGCACGAAUUACUUCGUGCGAUGGAAAUGCGUUUGAAUAACGGUCAGCCGAUGCGAACGAUUUGGGCACACGGGAACGAUAUAUCGGAUGACUUCUUAACGUCACUGACAAACUUGUGUCGAAAUAGACAUGGAAACGCCGCAAUCGAUGGAGGAAGUAGCGAUGAGGAUGACUGUGAUCACGAUGAUACGUCUCAUACUCAGUAUCAACCUAAACCGGACGGUGUUUGGGAUGCCCAGGAGUGUGAAACGCGAGCGCUCGAAGCGACUAAGCGCGGUGACAAUACAGAUGCCGCCGCUCGCUUAAAAAGUAAUCGGAUCGCGUCGCAUGCGUUUGGUACGUAUAAACGAUAUUGCAAAAGGCAUUAUGAAAACGCCAAAGGUGCGGCGUGCUUUGCUGCCUUUGUUGCGUAUGAGAAGAGCACCUCUCGCGUAAAAGUCGCAAGUUUAGGUGUUGGAACAAAAUUCGUACCACCAGACGUAGCAGGAUCUGCAUUUGUAUCGAGCAGAGAUGAUGUCAUUCGCGAUUCGCACGCAGAAAUUCUUGCGCGACGGAACUUUCUGCGUUAUUUGUACGCGGAGAUGAAUGAUAGUGUUCCUGGUGGUAAAAUGGCAUCUUCGGGCGCUGCGGUACAAUAUAACGAUGACAAUAACUUUAGCGUUUUGGAGAUGAACGAUGGAUGGUUUCGCAAACGCGACGACGUUGAGAUACACUUGUACGUAUCAAGUGCACCGUGUGGUUCAGCGAGUCUGAACUUGGAAAGCUCGUUAAGUUGCUUUCCGCACGCGACACGUAAAGGCACUAACGUCUCCUCAGCCCAUAAUACCAUCGAUGACGAGAAAGUACCACCAGGAUGUGUUGUUUUACGUGGGGGUGUUCGCGAAGCAAUCGGGAAUCCCAAACAAACGCUUUCGUGCUCGGAUAAGAUCGCGAUUUGGUGUGCACGUGGCGUUCAAGGAUCGAUUUUAACGGCUUCGUUUAUCAAAGAGCCAAUAGUGCUGAGUAGUGUAGCGUGUUCGAGAAAAUAUGACGGUGACCGCCUGUUUGAAGCAACGUACGGGCGCACGUGCUGCUCUUCUCCAUCGUUGAACGGUAAGAAUUAUGAAAACAAAGCUACGAAACAUUUAUGCACUCAGAUGGCAUCUAUAUCGAUCGAGUUCAAGGAACGAUCCGUUCGCGCUCGCGCCGACGUCGGCGAAUCUGACGAAUCUGUAUCCUGGUGCGCGUACGAUACCAUCGCGCGCGUCCACGACGGACGAACUGGUUUGGCAAUAUCUGGGCGAGGUAAACCACCUCGCGCGUCAAAGUACGAUUUGAAAAUGCAGUUUCUAAAGCUCCUCUCAUCGAUUUUUAAAGACGAUGCUAAUAGUAGUAUCGCGAAAGCGAAUGGAAACGGAUGUUCAUUUGUUCACGGCGACGAUUUUACCUCGGUCUCGUUACUCAAAAAGCGGUUGCAAGACUCCUACGCGUUCGCGAGAAACGCGGAGGAAACUAUCGCCUCCUCGCCUUACGCAAAAUUCAAAGAAACUGUUUUGAGAGGUGAUGGUAAAUCAGCAUCGGUAUCGUUCUUGGAGGGAGAUUGUGUAAACGUCGCGUGGAGAGACGGGAUGGCCGGUUAA